UCAGGGACUGACGGCGGGACGAGUUUGUCACCAGAGAGUAUUUCUCAUUUGUAAAGAGGGAAAAAAGAGAGAGUGAGCUAAAGGAGGGGAGGAAAGGCAUGGCCAGCAAAGGAGGAACAAAUCUGACUCACCCAGCAGCCAGAUCCAUCACCCCAGAAGCCAUUGGUUUCCUGUCGGCGGUGGGAGUCUUCAUUGUGGCGUUGGCUGUCCUCUUCCUUUUCAUCAACAAGAAGCUGUGUUUCUCACGUGUCGGUGGGCUGCCCUGUUUAGAGCAUCAUAGUCGCCACAAGAAGGGACGAGCCGGAGUCCUCCAGGGGCUUGUGAACAGUUAUGGUGACGAUGACCUGGGCGGCUCCAGCUCUUCUGACGGCGAGGAGGUCCUGAAGCAGUUCGAGAUCUCCGUGUCCCGUUCGCAGACUUUCCGCUCCGCGGCCGCCAGCAGCGGCGUGGAGCUGCUGCAUCAGGCGCAGCUGCCGCUGGGCCGCCAGCAGAAGUUCAGCCGCCUGUCAGACCAAGAGGAGGGCAGCACGGAGCCCUCCGACUGUGAAGAAAUGGAGGCUCCAGCUGGGCUGCUGGGUUUCCAGGACCCACUCUCUGCCGUAGAUGACAAAAGUGAGAGGAUUUCCACUCUUUCUCUGGACAAACCUCCUGGAAAUGGAGCAUCGGCCGCCAGGCGCAGUCCCACCGUCAUUAUGAACCGUCAGGCUGCAGAUGGGAGCGAGGACACAGGAAACCCUGUGGAUGGAGACAACAACGACGCUACUGACAGCUCCUCCACCUGCAGCCCAGGGCAGGAGCUGGCUCAGCAUGAAGAGGUCUCGCCUCAGCCAGUGCGUUCCUCCCCUCGGCCCUCCAUCUCGAGUUGCGGGGACCUGGUGCUCUCCCUGGCGUACCGCCAGGAUUCCGAGAAGCUACUGGUCACCGUGAUCUCAGCCCGGGACAUCCCUGACAAGGCUCGCAGCGGCAUGGACUCUUGGCAGGUUCACAUGGUCCUGUUGCCCUCCAAGAAGCAGCGGCACAAGACAUCAGUGCAGAAAGGCUCUCUGCCACACUUCAGCGAGACGUUUCGUUUCUCGCGGCUGGAGCCGUCGGACCUGCAGACAUCAGCCAUCAGGUUCAGGCUGUACGCAGUGGGCGGCAGGAUGUCCCGCGAGCGGAUGAUGGGGGAGAAGGUCUUACGUUUAGGAGGGCUGGACUCACAAACAGGGACUAUGGAGACAACACUGGUUCUGGAGCCUCAGAGCAACCUUAAGAGUUUAGACUCCCUGCUGAGUCUGUCUGCCGUCUCCCAGAGUGACAGCGCCUCGUCCACGCAGUCUCUGACUCACGGUGGUGUCCCUGAGCUGCUGGUGGGCCUCUCCUACAACGCCACCACAGGGCGCAUGUCUGUGGAGCUCAUCAAAGGCAGCCACUUCAGGAACCUGGCCAUCAACAGGCCUCCAGACACCUUCGGACGGCUGACUCUGCUGAACUCGGUGGGUCAGGAGAUCUCCCGGUGCAAGACGUCGGUGCGUCGCGGCCAGCCCAACCCCGUCUACAAGGAGACGUUCGUCUUCCAGGUGGCGCUGUUCCAGCUGUCCGACGUCACCUUGCUGGUCUCCAUCUACAACCGCCGCAGCAUGAAGCGCAAAGAGAUGGUGGGCUGGAUCGCGCUGGGCCAGAACAGCAGCGGCGAGGAGGAGCAGCUGCACUGGCAGGACAUGAAGGAGGGCCGAGGACAGCAGGUCUGCCGCUGGCACGUCCUGCUGGAGGCCUGAGGACAGCAGGUCUGCCGCCGGCACGUCCUGCUGGAGGCCUGAGGACAGCAGGUCUGCUGGAGGCCUGAGGACAGCAGGUCUGCCGCCGGCAAGUCCUGCUGGAGGACGGAGGACAGCAGGUCUGCCGCUGGCACGUCCUGCUGGAGGCCUGAGGACAGCAGGUCUGCCGCCGGCACGUCCUGCUGGAGGACGGAGGACAGCAGGUCUGCCGCUGGCACGUCCUGCUGGAGGACGGGACUUGCUGGUUUGGUCUAAGGGUCAGAGUAACUCCUUUGGUCUUCAGACUGUAAAACAGAAGAAAAGAUAGAUUUCAUUUUUCACAACGAGAGAUCACAAAGUGUCAAGGAUCACUGUCGAUGUUCCAUCCAUGUCAAUCAGAGCACAAACUCGUAGCGCUUGGUUUGUUUGUGUCGGCCUGGAGAACAAGUAAAUGCACCUUAGGGGAUCAAUGUUUAAAUCAUUCAGAUCAUUUAAUUCAGAGGAAUACCAACCCUACACAAGUCUGAAUGUCUGAAUGCACCGCUGAUUCCCACUAACGUUGCACAUUUUCACCCCGGCUCAGUCGACACCCUGUUAGUUGUUUGCCUAUUUAAACACAUAUUUAUCCCGUAAACACGCCUUUUACUUCUAUGAGAGGCACGUUCAGAUGCCAAAGAGCACAGGGUGGGGUUCAGACAUGUGAAGGGAUGAAAGGAGAUUUUACAGUGCAGCAUUAACAGUCAAGGACCACAUGGCCAUAGAAAUAUGUAAAAAGAACCAACCAUGAGAGAGUUCAAUUCAAUUCAAUUUUAUUUAUAUAGCGUCUAAUACAACAAAAGUUGUCUCCAUACGCUUUCCAGAGACCCAGAACAUAAACCCCCGAGCAAUUAUUACAUAAACAAUGGCAGGUAAAAACUCCCAUAGUGGGAGAAAAGCCUUAAGCCAAACAGUGGCAAGAAAAACUCCCCUUUAGGAGGGAAGAAACCUGGACCAGGACCUGGAUCAUAAGGGGGGACCCUCCUGCCGAAGGCCAGACUGGGGGGUCGGGACGUCAACAUAACACAGCAGGCAGGUGGAAGCAGCAGCGGGAUGACCGGGGGUGGGGACCGCAGGCCAGCACGCAGUUCCCGAAGCUCCGGCCCAAUCAGCCAGCCCCAGGUUAGGUUCAGGGUCGGGGAAAGGUUGAGAAGGGGCAGGGCCAGGGAGAGGAGUCUUGACGGACAAAUCUCUCCCCCUCCUGACCGGGCUGUUACCCUGCCCCUCUCACUUCCACGCCGCAGGUUCCGGUGUUGUGCAUUCAGAGAUACUCUUCCUCACCGGCAGAGGAUGCUGCACCAUGUACAAAAGAGAAAAAAGAGAAAAAAAGAGAGAGGAAGCUGUUCAUGAUUUAAGAUCUAAGAGGAAGAUGCCCCACUCAUCCACAGCAUUCCCUGACAGGCAUGUUGAUAGGCAGCUGGAGACUCUUGACUCCGCUCAGAUGAGCCUCAUCAGGGCUGAGUAAUGUCAUUGACUAUCUUCUUCGCAUGGCAGAGCUAAUGUCAACACCCACUGAGCCUGAGCUGGAAAGAGCUUUUAAACGUCUCCAUGCAGGUGCCAUUGAUAAGCACCCACCAACCUUGGAGGGUUAGGGUGUUAGGGUUAGGGAGGGUUAAGGUUAGGGUUAGGGUUAUGGUUAGGGGUUAGGGUUAGGGUGUUUCCCCCCCAACUCUCUGGCUCUGGCCAGCGGCAGCGGCAGCUGCUGAGAUGUACAGUGCGAUGAUGCUGACACUCCCCCGCUUCCAUCCCAGCACCUUUGAGUCACAGGGCACCCGGGGAUUACAUUCGUUCUGUAAAACCUUGGACGCCGAUGGAGAUCAUCACCUCUUUAACGCGUCUUUGUUGUCUUGGUCAGCUGACUGCAAGGCCUCUCCAGAAAUGCCCAGAUCGGUUUUAAAACCAGUGGAAGCAAAUACUGGCGAAGGCUUCAGUGAUUAGCUUUAAGGAGGGGCCAUGACUUCUUUUCUUUUAAGCAGGUGUAACAAAUGAAGCCAUUGCCAGUUCAGUUAGUUCUAGCUCUAUUACAUCCUAGUACCUCCUCAUAGCACUUUUUCUGUAUGGAACAACGGUGGGAAACAGAGGCCUUUGGUUUCCUCGCCUUGAGACUAAGGGCCAAUCCCAAUGUUCACCCUACUCACUACCACUAGCCCUCACUCACUACCACUAGCCCUCACUCACUACCACUAGCCCUCACUCACUACCACUAGCCCUCAAAAUGAAGCCACAAGGCGUAGGGCUUUGUAAUCUUCCCUAGGGAUUGGGACACCACUUGCUACGUCACUGCGUGGUUAGCGGUCCUGGGCAUUUCACGGAUUUUUGUGAGAUCAGGUUGAAAACAAUAUUUUGAGUUAGUUUCUGCAUAUAUAUCUUACUUUCAUAAUAUUCACUCAGUGAAUGUACAUAAUCACUCGCUUGUUCCUUGUUGCAAAGUUUUUUCAGAUUUCGCCAGAAUAAAGGCUGAUUUAUGGU